GUCUAGUUCCGAUAGGUGACCCAUCGCAUCAUACGUGUCGUCUCGUCUUCAUCUUGUGAUACACGGAUGUUGACGUGACCAGGAUAGAGCCUUUCUCACUAUUAAGUGCUUGAAAUCAAGCAGAAUGGCAGAAGCUAAAACUCCUGAGAACUUCCAGGGAUGGCUGUAUAAAUGGACAAAUUACAUCAAAGGCUACCAGAGACGAUGGUUUGUGCUGUCGAACGAGCUCCUCUCGUAUUACAGAAACCAGGCAGAGAUGUCCCACACAUGCAGGGGUACCAUCAAUCUCGCUGGAGCAUACAUCGAUACGGAAGACUCAUGUAACUUUGUGAUUUCUAGUGGGGCACAGACAUUUCAUCUAAAAGCAAGCUCUGAGGUGGAACGCCAGCGAUGGGUGACUGCCCUGGAGCUGGCCAAGGCCAAGGCAAUACAGAUGAUGGAGGAGGAUUCUGGUAAGUCCCUGGUCACUGGUCGUGUUUACAUUCAUGCACCAUGAUCUUUUUUUUUUAUAAAUCUAAUAACAUUCCUUUGGUAGUUGUCUCAGUCUCAUCACACUAAAGGGGAAGUUCACCUUGGUGUCAAGUUAAUUUUAACAAAAAUCAGAAAAUAAAGCACCUGUUGCCCUGUUGGGUUAAGUGAGAAUGAGGACACAAUUACACAAAUAUCACUCUUCAGAAAGUUAUUAGAAAUUUUGUUCGUUUUAUGUUUUGUAUUCUGGCAACCUUGGUAAUCCUUUAAUAACUGAAAUCAUAAUGCUCAGUUGAAUGAGCUGCCUUCAAUAGCUGUAUCAUAACUUCAUAAUAACGUGGAGGUUUACGGUUCACCAUGUGUAAUAUGAAGAAGGGAAGGAAAUACAGGCAGAGAGAUUGAAAUGGAAAGAAGAGAUAGAAUGAACAGAGAAAAUUAGAAGUAUUCUUUUCUUGAAAGUGAGUGAAGUCCUGAAAAGGACUGUAAACCAGAUGAGAUGAGCUGAAUAUGGCUUGAGUAGCGAUAGUUUGAGUAGUAGCAGGUUGAAGAGAAGAGAGGUUACUCGAUGUUUCGGGCAGGUUGACUGUCCGUCUGUAGGAGUGAAGGAUGCUAAACGAGCGCGGGGUACUUAUGGUGAGAAUGCACCAAUGGUGAGAAUGCAACAACUGCACCAUAUCCUCACUCAAGCCAACUUCAAGGUCAGACACCGAUCCUCCAAGAAACUUCACUCAAUCCUGCACUCACACAAGGACAAGAACCCUCCCAGCAAGCAACCAGGCGUAGACUUUACCGCAGUCGCAUGGUAUUCUGUAGAAUACCAUGCGCCAAUUGGGCAUGCAAUGAUGGACAAGCUAUGACUUUAUAAUGAAUAAUGACUAGGUUAAGUGAGAAUGAGGAUACAAUCACACAAAUUAUCAUACUCGUCAGAAAGUUAUAAGAAAUUUUGUUUGUUUAUUUUUUGUAUUCUGGCAACCUUGGUAAUCCUUAUAAUAACUGAAAUCAUAACACUCAAUUGAAUGAGCUGCAUUCAAUAGCUGUACAUACCGGUAUCAUAACUUCAUAAUACUAGUAAUAAGACAUAAAUUAUACAUACUACAUUGUAGAUCUACAUUGUAUUUGUAAGUGCUUACUGAUUUAUUUUUACCCCAUUCAUCGGAUUUACUCUGUCAUUAUGCACAUCCUACGCUCCCUGGGGAGUAUUCCAGUCAAUUGCCAAUGAGACGCACAAUGCUGGACAAGCUAUAAUGACUUUCACAUCGUACUAGAACGUGGUACCCAUUUACAUGUAACACCUGGGUAGGGAGUGGGAAAGGGUGGAUUGAAGUCUUGCCAAAGGAUGCUAGGCUGCGGUGGGGUUCAAACCCAAAAUCCUUUACUUACAAGCCGAGAAUCAAAACCACUACACCGUGGCUUAUCCACAUACAACAAAUUAUGAAGUAAUUAUUUCAUUAUAAUAAAUAUAAAUACAAAAUUUUGGCAAACAAUGCGAUUUUCUAUAAUGGUGAAAUAGUUCGAGUGAGGAUCAUUCAACCUUGCAUAUUGUACUGUUGAACUCUUGUAAAAUUCAGCUGAAGGAUACAGGGAGGAAGAAAGUUUGAUAACCUUGCUUUGGAAAGAUAACAAUUGUUUUGAUCAGGAAGGACUUAAUGUGAGUUCAUUCUUUAAAACAGCCAUUGUCGAGUCAGUCCAGUCUGUCAAUGGUUGUUGUACCUGUAAUGGAAUGUAACUGCAUGGGACAUUGCUUGUUGUUCAAGAUAAAUGUGUCUGGAAAUGCAACUUUUUAACAGUUCAUCUGUGAAAUAUGUUUUUUGUGCUUUUGUAAACAGGUGAGUUCAUAAUUUAUUGGCAAUUGAUAUUUUAAUUAAUUACCGGUAAUUGAUUCAUGUAAAGUGUAACUAGAUAGUAGACCAUUUUGUAACCCAUUCAAUGAAGUAUUGUAGGCCUACUAUAUUCCCUGUGUAAUGAUAGAGCAUCCUGUGUACAUGUACAUGUACAGUGUACUGUACUACAUUAUCUUCAACAUGCAGAGAUGGCUUGUUCGUGUUAGAUGCCAGGAUGGCACGGGUGCUUACAGUUAAGAGAUUGCUUAUUGCUGCGAUUGGACCGGGCUGAAUGAUUCAUUUAAAUGAUUUUUCAUUAUAUUUUGUGCAGUUUAUGAGCAGGGGGCUGUUUCAUAAAACUGUUCUUAAGUUAAGAGUGACUUUAAGAUCGACUGGUGGUCCUUUCUUGUGGUGAAGAAAAUUCACAAUUAAAUGUUCAUUGGUGAUUAUUUUGUGUGUAGGAAAGCUUUACCAGUUGUUCUUAAAGUCACUCUGAACUUACGAACAGAUUUAUGAAACUCCCACCUGGCCUUCAAGAAAACCAUCAAUUCAAAGUCUAUUUAAAAUAGAGUCAUCAAAAGAAAAAAUUCUAAUGGUUUUAAAUUGUACACUGUAUUGUACAUGGACAUGUUGGCCUAUCUAUGCAAAACAUACUUAGACACCCCCCCCCCCAAAAAAAAAAAAAGGAAAAAAAAAAAAUAUAUAAAAUAAAUUCAAAAAGGAUUUUGGUCAGGAAAAGUGAUUGUUUUUAUCUAAAUAGCAGAUUCGUACAGGUAGGUUUGAUUGUGUGAUGAAGAAUAACUUUAUUACAAUGUGAGAAAAACAGACAAGCUAAAAAAAAAGGGAGAAGAUGAGUGUGAAAGAAUUGAAUCGCUAAUUCAAGCAUACAUACAUGGGUUUAAUUACCAGAACAUGACAGAAUUUGAUCAAAUGUCCUUAUUGAUUAUGACAUAUGGAUUAUGCUGAAAUGCUGUCAUAUAAAGGCUAGGCUUUCAUUACUGUACAUGGCAUGUUUCAUUACAUGAAAAUGUUCUUUCUUGUUACAACUCUGUAUGUACAUAUAAUAUGCAGUAUGAUUUGUACCUGUGUAUUACUUUACUUGCUAUUAUGUCAUUACUAUUAAAAAAUACAUACAUGUACAUGUGAUGUACUGGACACAGUAAUUUUUUUUUCCAGCAGUCAAUUUUGCUUUAAAAAUAGGCAAUCUAGAUUCUAGAUGAAUCUUCAACAUUGCAUCAAUAGCUAUCUUGAAAUGGGUAUUGAAAUUACAAAACAAAAGGCAAUACAUGUACAGCAGGAUUAGUGGGAAGACAAGACUUUUAGACCAUAUGGAUCAGGAGUCUUGUAAUUUCCUGUUUAAUGCAACCAGC